AUGGUCACAAUCGAGAUGACGUCCGACUACGACGUGUUCGAGAUCCUGGGGAAGGGGACCUUCGGGGAAGUGGUGAAGAGCUGGAAGCGGAGCAGCGGGGAGAUGGUGGCCAUCAAGGUCCUGAAGAACGACUCCUACCGGAGCCGGAUCAUCAAGAACGAGCUGAAGCUGCUGCAGACGAUGGCCGAGGUGGACAUGGAGGAGUCGCACAUCGUCCAGUUCCACGAGUUCUUCCACGACGAGCUCAAGUUCUACCUGGUCUUCGAGCUCCUGGAGCAGAACCUCUUCGACUUCCAGAAAGAACACAACUUCUCCCCGCUGCCGAUCCGGCACAUCCGCACGGUGACCACGCAGGUGCUCAGAGCCCUGGCCAAGCUGAAGGAGCUCUCCAUCAUCCACGCCGACCUGAAGCCCGAGAACAUCAUGCUGGUCGACCAGGUGAGAUACCCUUUCUACGUCAAGGUGAUCGACUUCGGCUCGGCCAGCAUCUUCAACGAGGUGCGCUACGUCAAAGAGCCAUAUAUCCAGUCCCGGUUCUACCGAGCCCCGGAGAUACUCCUGGGCCUGCCCUUCUGCGAGAAAGUGGACGUGUGGUCCCUGGGGUGCGUCAUGGCGGAGCUCCACCUCGGCUGGCCCCUGUACCCCGGGAACAACGAGUACGACCAGAUCCGGUACAUCUGUGAGACCCAAGGGAUGCCGAGGCACACCAUCCUCAACGCGGCCAGGAAGGUCCACCUCUUCUUCAAAAGGGGGCAGCACCAGGAGGCCGCCAACACCUGGCAGCUGAAGACCCCGGCCGAGUACCUGGCGGACACCAAGGUGAAGCCGGUGGAGAGGAGGAAGUACAUCCUGAAGUCCCUGGACCAGCUGGAGACGCUGAACGUCCACAAGAUGAUCUACCCGGACUCCGAGGCCCUGGCCGAGUACCUGGACCUCCGCAGCAUGGUGGAGCUCAUCAAGCGGAUGCUGACCUGGGACUCCCAUGAGCGCAUCACCCCCAGCGCGGCUCUGAAGCACCCCUACGUCUCCACGCAGCCCCUCAAGCAGAACUACGGCCACACCCAGUACUACCAGUGGUGCCUGCGGAGCCUGCUGGAGUCCAUGCCCGGCGGCAGCAGUGGCGGCAGCAGCAAGGCCGGGGGGGAGGCGGCGGAGGCGGAGGGCCUGCAGCCCUACGGCGCCCUGGAAGAGGAGCGGUUCUACGCCACCCAGGAGUCCUUCCCGGAGGAGAACGCCGCUCACAGCGUCCAGCGGACCACCAGCCAAAUGGACGGCCUCAGCCUGGCCGAGGCAGGCCGGGACCCGCCCCCGGUGGUGUGGGACGAAGGAGACAGCAGGGGGCUGUACGAGCCCCUCUCCGGCCCCGCCGAGGCGGCCUCUGGCCGGCGCAAGACCCUCCAGCAGACCUUCCUCCUGCGCCACGAGCAGGAGCCCAUCCUGGCCUUCUACCGGAACCGGCACAGCAGCCCCAAACACCGCAAGGCCUCCCGCCGCGCGCCGCCCGAUCUGGCCUUCGACAACCUGAUCCUGCUGGGCCAGGGCUCACCCGAGGACGUGGCGGACUGGGAGAAGGGGAGCAACCACAGCGCCACGUCCCUGGCGGAGCCCGGCGCCAGGGAAGGCCCCGGCCUCACUCAGGGCCGGAUGCUUUCACCCGCGAUGCAGCGAGCGCCCCCGGAGGUGUACGCCGAGCCGUCCGGAGCCCCGCUGCCCCCCGGGCACCACAGCUGGCACGGCCCCCGCCCGGCGCUGCAGCCCUUCCUGCAACACAUCGCCAGCCACAACUGA